AUGGCCCCGCAGCAAACAGGUAGCAGGAAGCGGAAAGCGCCGGCGGUCGAGGCGGCGGCCGCGGGCUCGUCGUCGUCGCAGGGCGCGGCGGCGGCGGCGGCGGGCGCGGCGGGCGCGGCGGCGGCGGCGGCGGCGGACGCGGAGGGGCCGCUGCAGCGCAAGAAGCAGCGGCGGCCGGCGGCGCGACGCUCGCUGCUGCACUACCUGCGGGGCCGCGAGGUGGGCGCGGGCCGGGCGGGCGGGCUGCCGGGCCUCGAGGGCCAGCUGCGCGGCUACGCGGUGCGGAGGCUGCCCGAGCUGCUGCGCGAGCGCGAGCUGGCCCUGGGCACGCUCAACAAGGUGUUCGCGUCGCAGUGGCUGAACGCCAGGCAGGUGGUGUGCGGCACCAAGUGCAACACGCUCUUCGUGGUGGACGUGCAGUCGCGGCAGCUCACGCGCAUCCCCCUGAUGCGCGACCGCGGCGGCCCCGGGCUGGCCCGGGCGCAGCCGGGCUGCGGCAUCCACGCCAUCGAGCUGAACCCGUCCAAGACGCUGCUGGCCACGGGCGGCGAGAACCCCAACAGCCUGGCCGUCUACCAGCUGCCCACGCUCGACCCGCUGUGCCUGGGCGACCGCCACGGCCACAAGGACUGGAUCUUCGCCAUCGCCUGGAUGAGCGACACCGUGGUCGUGAGUGGCUCCCGCGACGGCACCGUGGCGCUGUGGCGCUUUGACCCCGACUUGUUCACUGGCAGCAUCGCCUGGCACAGCGACGUAGGGCUCCCGGUGUAUGGCCACAUCCGUCCCAGGGACAUGGAGACCAUCCCCAGGGCCAGCACCAACCCCAGUAACCGGAAGGUGCGGGCCCUGGCCUUCAGUGGCAAGAACCAGGAGCUGGGAGCUGUGUCCCUGGACGGCUACUUCCACCUUUGGAAAGCCAGGAACACCCUGACCAGGCUGCUCUCAGUCAGGCUGCCCUACUGCAGAGAGAAUGUGUGCCUGACCUACUGCGAAGAACUGUCCCUGUAUGCCGUGGGCUCCCAGUCCCACGUCUCCUUCCUUGAUCCUCGCCAGCGCCAGCAGAACAUCCGGCCGCUCUGCUCCCGAGAGGGUGGCACCGGGGUGCGAUCUCUGAGCUUCUACCAGCACAUCGUCACAGUGGGCACAGGUCAUGGCUCCCUGCUCUUCUACGACAUCCGCGCACAGAAGUUCCUGGAAGAGAGGGCCUCGACCACCCCGGGCUCUCCCCCUGUGCCCACGGGGAGGAAGCUGAAGCUCACCUGCGGCAGAGGCUGGCUCAACCAUGAUGACCUGUGGGUGAACUACUUCGGUGGCAUCGGCGAGUUCCCCAAUGCGCUCUACACCCACUGCUACAACUGGCCUGAGAUGAAGCUCUUUGUGGCCGGAGGGCCUCUCCCUUCAGGCCUCCACGGGAACUACGCAGGACUGUGGAGCUAAGGAUGGCUGGCCCUGUGUUCUCAAAGUGCCCAAGACUUACCUCCCAGAUCCCUCUCACUCACUUCCUCAUGCUGUGUUUGUGCUUUAAACUCUAUGUGGCUUUUGUCUUCCAGGUGGUUGUGAACAACUUACCUGUGUUUAGUUUAUUAGGCAGAGAGAGACAGAGAGAGAGAUCAAGAAAGAGGUAUCUUUUGGGCAAAUCAAAACUUGGCUUUAAGACUUCCGUGCCCCUCCCCCAACAUCACCAUCUUUUUGGCCUUCUCAACAAAGAAUUUUCGCUAAUCUUUGUGUGGUCUCUGAGUGAUUCCCAUAUUAGCAUAUGCUCUUUCUCUGGGCGGAUAACAGUCAUAGUCCCCAUUUCAAUUCAGUACUUUAAUUUUACCAGUAUUUCAAGAAUUUGUUCAGGUCUUUUACACAUUUCACAUGUAUGGUAUUUCGGGAAAAUCUGUGCUAAAAAGUGGUUUUUGGGUUGGCCCUACAGGACAGGUUUACAGCCCUGCUCCAAUUAGAAAAUAUAUUUCAAGUUCUAGGUUACCACCAUUUUGGAGAAUGUUUCAUUUGAAUGUUGGAAACUCAGUGUUGUUGUUUGUGUACUGUUGGUGCAUAAAAUACUUUUAAAAUAUGUUCUCUUAGUUAACAAAUCUUACAAUGGUGUUCUUUCAAUUAGUCAUAAUUUUGAUUACUCAGUAAAAAUUCAGCAUCAAUACCUCCCUGCCCUCAGCCAUCUUGUAUAAAACUGCUACAUUAUGGCCAGCUUUCUUGGGUAGCAUUUAUGCUACAGAUUUUCUGAGCUAAUCAAAACUGGCCUAUAUGUGGCAGGACAAUCAGGGAGGUAAUUUUUGGGGUAAACAUUUCUUUAUAGUUCAGGUAACUCUCCAGGCAGCCAUUUACAGUGAAGGCUACCCGAUGUGCUCAGUGUAGGUGUUGUUGACACUUUUUUAUUGUAUACAUGGAUAAUUCUUUAUCGGGAUUGAGUAUGUGAUGUAUGCAGAAAACAAUAAACAUGUUCAGCGUUUUAGCAAUUAAGUGCUAGGCUAAAUUUCUUGAUGCUAAGAUAUACACUUUAUUUUUUCUUAAUUGUCCUGCUAGCAAUCAAUGUGUCAAAGUCAAAAUCCUCCUGCAGAGAAACUGAAGCUGAAACAGCUAUGCACACAUUACAUUGUACAUUUAUUUUUAAAAAGCAAACUUAUGCUACUAUCAUGGGUUAAAGUAUUAAAACACCAUCUUGAAUGCCUUAUCUAAAUAUACUUUCUUAUAGUUUAGGACAAUUAGGUAUCUUGUUUUGAAUGUGAUUUAAUAAGUUUUUCAUUUAUACAAAUGUACGUGUUAUACUUAAAACUACCUGCUCACAUAAUACUGUAUGUUUUUUUGUGUGUGUAUAUUCUACUUACCAUGUGAGGAAAGGACAUAGAUGUUACCAGUUUACAUAUACAGGUUUUUCUGAUAUUUUAUACUACAUCUAUCAAGACUUCCCACUUGGUCUUAUUUUCUGUUAUGUUUAUUUUAAAUUAAAUAACACACGCACAUGGCCAAAAAAAAAAAAUCAUACUUUAUAAAAGAUGUACCAUGAAAGACUCACGCCCCAGGAUCCCUGAUCUCCUGCCCAUAGAUUACAUGUGGUAGAUUGUGUAUGUGUAUCCAUUUAGAGUCUAUACAUAUAUAAGUAUAUGUGUGUGUAUGUAUGUAUGUAUGCACUUUUAUGCAAAUG